AUGGAUAGGUGUACAAUACAUCCAGGAGAAAAGAUACAGUUAGUCUGCAAGGAAUGUGAAGAUAAGCCAGUAUGUAAUACCUGUAUUACAACUCGCCAUUCUGGGCACAGUUUUAGGAAAUAUUCCAAAGUGAAGGAGGAAAAGCUAAACGAGGUAAGGGAAAUGAAAGAAGAAAAUACAAGGACUAAACAGAAAUUAGAGCUCAAUCUUAAAAAGUUAAGGAAAGAAAUUACAAGGCAGAAUGAAAGCAAAAACAGAAUAUCUCGUGAAAUAGAGAACCGCACUAAAGAGUUAAAAAGACAGAUUGACAAACAAGGAAAACAAGUUGAAGAAAAGUUUCGAAACCAGCAGGAAAAACAUAUGGCUGUUCUACAGAAAAAUAACGAGCGGCUUAAACGAGAAAUUAAGAAGUGUACACAACAUGACAUAGAAUUACAAAGACUACUUAGUGCUGAAAGGAUCUCUGAUCUAACCACACAAUUAAAACUAGUCACAGCUCCAGCUGCUGAUGGCAUUGCAGUUUCGGACAUGUCUUUAUCGUACAAAUUUGUUCCUGGCAAAUGUAAUCCCUCAUUAGACAUGUUUGGAGAUAUCGAAAAAGAUACAGAGGACCACUACGACAUUAUAGGGCUUCCGACACAUGCAGCGGCUGUUGCGCAACCGACAGAAAAUGAUGACGGUGCGUAUGCUAGUAUGACGCCAUCUAGGUGUAGUUCUGUCUCACUGACGUCAGAAGCAGCCAGUAUUGCAAGUCUGGGCGAAAAUGGAAGGGCGGAAACCGUUAACAACAGACCAAGUCAUCCAUCCACUUUUUCAGAUCGAACAAGGAUGAAAAGUGUGCCUAGAUCAAACGCGGCGUACAUAGUUCUGUCCGCUAACCAAGAUCAGUGCUGGGUGAAAUGUCAGGACAAAGACGUAGUCACACUUGUCAACAGGUUUGGAAAAAAAGAAGACACAUCAAUUGCAUUUUCUGAUAGAAUUGGAGGAUUUUCAAAAUAUCGGAGUAAUGAAUUACUUGUGUGUUUGCCAGAGAAGAAAACGAUCCGGCUGGUGGAUAAGUACAGUGCUAAAGACUUCAUCAACACAGCACCAUCCAUACCGAGAUGCGUGCAAUCUGGUCUCUUCGAUGGCGAGAUCUUCGCCAUUGUGGAUGAUCCUGGUACUUCCCGAGUAACCACGAGAAGCGAACUGGUCCGGUACAACAACAAAGGAGAAGAGAUUAGACGAAUAAGGAAAGACAAGUUAGGGAAUGAUCUAUUCUACAGUCCAGAUAAAAUAUCUUUCAACAGAACAGGGACUAAAAUGGCCGUGAUCAACCCUUGUGGUGCAGAAAGCUCGCACCUGCUCAUCUUAAACAAGAAUUUAGAACCGUUGUGGCGCUACUUCGGUGAUAUGAGGGCGGUCGAAGGAAACACAAAGUUCGACCCCAAUCUUUUACAGAGCGACACGAAUAUGUGUCUGUCAGACGUUGUGUUCGAUAACAAGGAUAAUGUCGUGAUAGCAGAUAAAAAGACAAAUACUGUGAAAAUGCUGAACCAGAAAAUGGAACCCGUACGUAUUGUAGGCACCUACACCGAGUCACCGAUCGCGCUCGCCAUGGUUCAUCACAAUCAAACGCUGUGGAUAAAAUUUGACAGUGGGAGACUAAGUGUUAUCGACCGUAAUGCGCCGCCGUGA